GAAGACGAAGAGGGAUUCCAGGGCGUCUCCCGCACUAGCGCCGGAGCUCGCGACGCGACGAGAAAGCGAUGUAGGUGCGCGAACUGGCGACGCAGGGAAGAAGGGGACGGAGGCGCACUAUUUCCUUUCGUUCCCGGUUUCUCGCUCUGGGCGCGUGACAUUGGCUGCGGAGUGCGUUCGGUGGAGGUCAUUAGUGGCCUUCAGUCCUAAUGGCAUGUGUUUGAAGGCGCGAGAGGGUGGGUUCUAGAGCUUUCGUCUGGAGGCGUGGGCAGUGGAUUAUGGAAAGAGGGGAGAGUGGCUUGGAGCAGAUUGAGGAUUUCGGGCUUAUUCGGUUGCAGGGGUGGUUGGAGAGGAGGUUUGUUAGAAAGGGGAUGCAGAUCGCGAGCGUUAUGGUAUGGUAGUGGUGGAAUGGUAUGGUGGCGACGGUGCAUUGAGGGAGGGGAUGUAGUGAAGGGGUCUGCGGUGGGGAGAAAGAGAGAGGUAGUAUAUGUUGAAGGAGGAGGAGGAGAAGGAGAAGAGUGGUGCAGGGAUCGAGUUCAUAUUCAGAAGCUGGAGGAUGGAGCAGCAGGGUUGAAGCGGAUAACGGGAACCUGGCUUCGUAAUAGACCAAAGGACGCCAGGGUUUGGGUUUCGAGGUGUGGGUGAAGGAGGAGAGGUGUGGUAUAUGGGGAGGUGAGCGUACUGCCAUUGAGUGUGUGCGGGUUGAUCGGGCGAAGCCAGAGUAACGCGGGGUGGGAGGGUUGAAAUAGAAAUGGAGAGCUGCGGAGCUGGUUGAAGGGUUGCUGAGUAGGGAUCUCGGCGGGGAAAGUAAUGGUGGACAGGGAGGAGGAGGAGAGGGGAGGAUCUGGGAGCCCUUGAGUGCACAGGGGGAAGAGGUGGCCCACAAUGCAGGUCCACAUCUCCCCCGGCAUGAGACGGAUCACUAUAUCCACAUCUCCUGGGUUCUUAGAUCCCUUAAAGAUGAAAGUCGCGGCUAGGUACCUGAGUUACCGUUGUGUCUUCUGGACUGUCCUCUCUCUCGCAUUCCUUCUGCCAUUCCUUUUCAUUACCAGCGCGCUCAUCACACUCGAAGGCGUUCACAACUGCACAUCUCUCGAUUGCUUCGGAAGGAAACUUGGACCCAAAUUAUCGUGGAAACGACAUGCUUCUCGAAAUACAGGAGACAAGUACUCAGCUCUCCUAGAGUAUAGAAGCGAGGAGUCGACUGAUGUGCCUGAUACUAUCGAGGCAUUGCUGGUAGAAGCUCGGAACAAGCAGUAUGACAUGCCGACACUUUUGCGACGCAUGAAAUCUAUGGUUGAGGUGAAUGAGGAAAAGGUCCGUGCAGCAAGGCUUCAGGAGGCCCUUUACAGGCACUAUGCGAGCAGCGGAGUGCCGAAGGGUCUCCAUUGUCUGGCGUUGAAGUUGACAGGGGAGUAUUCAAGCAAUGCGCGAGCUCGGCAGGAUCUGCCCUCGCCCGACCUGGCUCCUCGGUUGACUGAUCCAGAAUAUUAUCACCUGGUUCUCGCGACUGACAACGUCUUAGCGGCUGCGGUAGUUGUGACUUCGACAAUACGUAACGCAGCCCAACCUGAGAAGAUAGUGUUCCAUGUAAUCACUGACAAGAAAACGCAUGCAGCUAUGCACGCAUGGUUUGCGCUUAACCCAUUAGCUCCUGCAAUAGUGGAGGUGAAAGGAGUGCACCAGUUUGAAUGGUUGACCAGGGAUAACGUGCCUGUGUUGGAGGCAAUGGAAUCUUCUCAGGACAUCAAAUAUUAUUACCAUGGUGACCACACAGCAGGGGCGAACAUAAGUCAGUACUCGCCCACUAUCCUGGCGUCGUAUUUGCAGGCUCGUUCUCCGAAGUACAUCUCCAUCAUGAAUCACCUCCGCAUCUACCUACCAGACUUAUUUCCGGAACUGGAGAAGGUGGUGUUUCUUGAUGAUGAUGUCGUGGUGCAAACGGAUCUGAGCCCUUUGUGGAAUAUGGAUCUUCAUGGGAAAGUUAACGGUGCUGUUGAGACUUGUCGUGGGGAUGACACAUGGGUGAUGUCGAAGACGUUCAAGAACUACUUCAAUUUCUCGCACCCCAUAAUCUCUUCAACGUUUGAUCAAGAUAAGUGUGCGUGGGCAUAUGGCAUGAAUGUGUUUGAUUUACGAGCUUGGAGGAAAGCUGACAUUACUCGUGUUUACCACUAUUGGCAAAAGCAGAAUCUGCAACUGAAUUUAACGUUGUGGAGGUUAGGGACGUUACCCCCAGCACUGAUAGCCUUUGACGGGAAUGUGCAUCCAAUCCCUGGUAACUGGCACAUGUUGGGCCUGGGGUAUAAUACGAAAACUAACUUAGAAGCUGUGGAAAAGGCAGCUGUGAUUCACUACAAUGGACAAGCGAAGCCGUGGUUGGACAUUGCUUUUCCGCAGCUGAGACCGUUCUGGUCCAAGUACGUGAAUUACUCUAAUGAAUUUGUUAGGCAAUGUAAUAUUUUGGACAGAGCGUAGCUUCUCUUUCAACCUCGUUUGUUAAUUGGAGAAUCGCUAUCAUGAAUUCCUCGUCUUCUGGCUACAAGUCCCUGUCUCGGAGAGAUACCCAAGGUGUCGUAUAGAGGAGGUUCAUGUGAAGAGGCUCAAGAGCAGGGAUGGCAAAGCAUGGGCUGUUGUCGGAGAUUGUAUUGCUGGAUGCGCAAGCAAACAGAGUGGGCCUGUGAUGUACUUGAAUGGAAUGGGGGGAGGUGAAGUUGAAGGCAGAGACAUUACAUGUGAAGAUAGUACCCUUGAAACAUGAGAGGGUAGUGUUGAGGUGAAGGUUGCAGUGGCUUGUCCCGUGAGGAUUAUUCUUGUCACAUUAUUUGCAACAGCUAUAGGGUAUGAAAGUGUUGCAUGUCACCUGAUUUUUUGAAAUAAGGUCAGCAAGGUCAUUAUUGAUAGAGAGCAGUAAAGUGCAUUACCUUGACUUGAGUUCUCGUUGUCGAGUAGAAACUUCCAAAUUGGAAUAUGUGUAACACCUUUGUUUCUUUUUAUACUUUUGGUGCUAAUGUCACCCUUAUAACAA